AUGCCGACCUCCGUGUCAAACGCCGCCAAGCCCAGAGUGCAAAAGGUCUGUACUCUGUGGACGCAUGACGACAAUUUUUCGAGGGAAGACAUUGUUUUCAAUCGCGAAAAAUUUCCAGAGCUGCCCACGGCGCCUGGAUCGCUGCUCCAGAUUGUGGCCAUAAAAACUGGUACUGCCGUGCGUGGCCUUCAAGGAAAUGCCAGUGGCACGCCAAACCAUGCAUCCCAAACGGAACCGGAUGCUUCUACCUUGAAUGUGGAUCCUGAUGGUCAUGCAAAGAGAGAUCGUCGCGGCUCUAUCACUAUCACUGUUGAUGAGGCUGGAGGACUUAUCCCUGAAGGGCGGGAGGUUGAUGCAGAGAAGGCUUACAUAUUUGUAUCCAAACAGCUUCCUGUUGACUUGAAAGCAAAGCACACAAACUUGCAGGUUUCUAUAUCGGAGAGGAUUGCAAAAGUGUUUGGCUUCCGUAAUCGUAUGCAGGUCAUAGUUACUGAGGCAGAUGAAGAAAAGCAUGAGGCACACCACGUGGAGUUGGUCUUCCGUGACGCAUACCUUGCACGAGCAGACAUGUGGCGUCUGGCUGUCUCUGAGCUCAGUAGUCGCACUGUGUAUCGUGGGCAAAAAAUUCUCUUCAUGGGGACCAUCAAAGCCACGAUCAAGCAUAUAUACAUCAACAACCAGUCUGUACAAUCUGGCUACUUCUCGUCCAGAUCGAAGCCAAUCUUCCGUAGCGAGUCUGCUCGGUACACACUCUUUCUUCAGAUGUCGAAGGAGAUGUGGGACUUUGAUGCGGAAGGCGCGGGCGAAAUCAUGUUUAACAAAGUUGUCAGUGGUUUUCUUCCGGAUCUUUUCAAGAGAUGGCUAAGGAUAAACGCGAGGCAUCUGGUAACGAUUAUUCUCUUCACGCGGAUGCAGUAUGACGGAGAAGUGCUCAUGGACCGUCCUGAUGCGAGUACUAACAUCAGUCCUGAAGCCACAUCUGGAAUGUUCAGAGACUAUUACCGGGUAGUUGUGAGCGAUAUGGCCAGUGGCGAUUGGAUUAAUAUCCUGUACCAGUUGAAGAAGGAGUUUCGAAACUUUCUCCGUGAGGUUUCCCUUGUUCGCAAAUCAGUACCACGGGCAUCACUUGACGGAAGAACCGACUCGGAGAGCUCCACGACAGAAACAGUAGUGGCUGGAAGGCCGUCUUCUGCGAGCCAAGGCAACAUUCUCGAAGCGAUCAAUUUGGCGGCAGCGCAAUUCGCGAAAGACUACAUUGAUAGAGACCUUGUGCGCACCGGCAUCUCAGUCAUAGUUGUCACUCCUGGAACAGGCGUCUUCGAAGUAGAUUACAACAUGCUCAAACUAACCACCGACACUCUGAUGGGUUCUGGAAUUGGCAUCGACCUAGUGUGUUUGUCUCCAAUGCCGCUUCAUUCAGUACCUCUCUUCAAAUACCGAACGCCUCGAGUAAUCUCCGAUAUUCGCAUGGAGAUGAGCGAGGGCAAACCAAAAACAGCCGAGGUUGCGAAAAUGGAAGAGGAGAAAACACCUCGUCAGCAUCAUUCAAAUUUUGGUUCUUUGCCACGAACGCCCAGCGCACCACCGGCUUAUAGCUUGACAUCAGCUCCGACAAUCCACCAUGAAGACAAGUCGGACGGUUGGAGAUACGCCAUGCCAUAUUGGGUUGAUGUAUCCUUUUGGUCUGGUACAUCUGAAGAGAUACUGGAAUUGACGAAGCCUCGUAAAGCUGACAGGAUCAUCAAAAAGUCCCGCAAAAAAGGUCGCAUCUUUACUCUGAGGUGCCGUUUAUACGAAUUGCAGAUGAUGGGUGUCAUGGAGCACGAGUUUGGUGAGAUAUCUAUACCCUAUUUACAGGAAGACCCAAUGUAUCCGUCGCAUUUGAGGAAAGCCGAAAUACUACCGGACACCAGCUCACAGGAAAAGGCCCAUCAAAUGAAGAAUUCAAAGACUGCAGCAAGCUCAUUCUCAUCUAAAGGAGACAAGGACUACGGAGAAGAUCAACUGGAUGAGAUCAGGGUUUCGUACAAAGCUUGGAUGGAUGCUUAUGAUAACGGGAUAUACUCGCCUCUUCUGGAAAGAAGCAAAACGUCAAGUCAGAGCCAGCCUCGCCAGCAAAGGCAAAGCGAGCCAUUUUUCAGUGGAUCCCCUGAUUUAGGCAGAAGCUCAUACCUAUCCUCUUCUUUCCGUAGUGCUGGUACAUCGUUUGGAAAGACGACCCGACCGCUAUCUGACGCCAACUUCCAUCAGCUCAUACGGGAAGUAUCCAACGAAGAAGAAAGCAUAUCCCCUAAAGCAAACACACAUCGGCUUCUCGAAAGGAAUUCGCAGGGUGCCCCCCGAGCGGAUGUUACACGACGACAGCAGACACUAGCGAGAAGCAGCGCAGGUGUUGGUCGCUCUUUCACGCAUAGAGGAAGUGCUUCUGGGAACACAGAGAAUCAGCGUAAGUCUCUGAAACCUACCCCUAUACCGUCUCCCACUCCGAGUCGUGGGCCGUCGCCUCCGAGACGGGAGGGUGCCACAUCUACAUCUAGCGGUUCCAGCACACCAAAUGUAGUGCCUGAUUCAAAACCACGUCCCGGUAAUUGGUUCUUGAGACAGAUAAGCUUUGGAGGGAAACCCGCACCAGCAAAAGCCACAAUCGCAGAUCCAACCAUCGACAUAAGUCAAGGCAAGGUAAAGCCAGCAAUGUUGACUGUCGAGAAUAACCAUAAAGGUGCCAUUGCGGAGAGGCUGGCCAGUACCCGUGUCACGGCUAAUGAAAAGCCUUCUCAGCCAAUCGCCAUCAAAACCGCGUCACGAGGUGGCCCUACAUCAGCUGAAUCACUAUCAUCAGAUAGGGCAAGCCGAUCUGUUGAGACUGUGAGAGGCGGGAAAUCUGGCAAGACUUCAAUACCCUCGCAAUCCGGUUCAGUCAAACGAGACCCAGGAUCUACCUUUCUUCUCGCCGGAGCACGCGCUUUGGGCGACCAUGGCGUGGGUCCAAAGUUAGACCUGUCUUCCAGUGGUGGUGCCAAAGAAAUCCCUAGAACGCUGUCUCCAACCAGCGCGAUUGCCCCUUGGGCUGUCUUGGUCAACCCUUGUAAUCCGAAAAAGAAUGUUCUCAACUCUCGGAAUCAGUAUCGGCGUUGGCAUCAUGUGUUCCCGCGCACAUUACGGACGGGCACCGUCAAAUGGAGAUCUCUGUGCUCACCUGCGGCUGUGCCAUUGACACAUGAAUGGUUCCCUACGCCAGCACAAAUUGCAACUGAAUACAAUGAGAGUCCCUACAAGAUUUCUCAAAAUGAGGACGAUGAUAUGCAGGAUGCUCCCAAAACUAGGGAAUCGCUGAUCAAAGAGCUCAUCGCGUUUAGACUCUCUCAUGGCUUUCAAGUCAUAGUCGGAUCAGCUGUUGCAGAGUUCUCUGGGCGAGAAGAGAAAGCUCUGGCCAGCAUUCUUGCACCAGACUACAUGUCGAAUGACGGUGACACUGUCUUUAUGAGCAUGGGAAAUAACAUUCACCAACUAGUAUGUGUGGCUGGCGGUGAGGUGGAGGUUAAAAGGUACACUCGAAAGCCUACGACUGCUCUGGAAUCUUCUGCUGGUGUUGACAGGCCAUUUCAUUACAACCCGUACAUCCGUACUGCGUUUGAGGAUGACUACUAUCCACGCGAUAUGGUGCUGCGACCUCCGCGAAAGGAAUACAACUGGAACAUCAUCGACACCUUUUUGGCAGGAUAUCAUGACGAAUUCUCCGAAAUAUUACGGUUCUGGAGGGCUCGAUUUGUUUUGAUCCCGGUUGAGAUCCCGCAUGUGCACCGACGCCCUUUGUCCAUGCUGAACGAGGACUCUGAAGAAGAGAUUCGCCUAGAAGGAAUCCAGAAACUGACUCAGCUCUGGCAAAAGUUUCGUUACAUUUCGCCAGACGAGCGACACCAUCAUCAUGCGACAUCGACGAAGCAAAGGGACGCCAACCCAUUAGCCAUUGAGUACCAUACCCGAGAUCUGUCUGCAAUUGUCGCUGCCGGACCUGACCAUGCCAUCUUCAACGACACAGAUAGCGGAAUCCAACCAUCUGUGUAUCCUGAUGCGGAAAAGUAUCACAGGUCAAAUAUUGACCUCAAGAAGCUUGCCGAAGACUUGCAAGGCGAAAAAGGGAUUCCCAUGAUGGAUCGGCGCUGGCAUUUGAAGUUGCACCAGAACUGUUUUCUCGGCUUUGACCUUACGAACUGGCUACUAUCUAAUAUCAAGGAUGUGGAAACCCGAGACGAGGCGGUGGAAGUUGGCAAUGAACUCAUGAACCGGGGCUUAAUCGUGCAUGUCCAAAGACGACACCAGUUCCGCGAUGGCAACUUUUUCUUCCAGAUUGCUGCCGAGUACCGUGCUCCUCGGCCAGAGUCAAGAACAGGCUGGUUUGGUAUGCGAAAGACGGACAAGUCUGGUCCAUCCACACCGCUCGUCGAUAAUCCGCGUUCGUCGCCUCUUUCCUCGAAGGCCAGCAAGAUUCGACCGGGCACCGCGGACUCUUCAUCGACUAGUUCCGAGUCUGUGCCAGAGGGCGAGAAGACGCCAACCCAGGCCAAUGGGGGCAAGCGUCAGGUCACUCUAUCGCGUGUCAUGCGUUACGAUGUUGACCCGCGGAAGCGGUCGUAUCGACCAGAAGUGAUAUCAUUACACUACGAUCGCUUACACAAUCCUGACAACUGCUAUCAUAUUCGCAUUGAUUGGAUGAAUGUUACGGCUAAGCUUAUCGAGGAUGCCAUUGUUACUUGGGCUACCAGUGUAGAGAAGUAUGGGCUGAAGCUCGUCGAAGUCCCCAUUGCGGAAGCCUGCAACAUUGUCGAAUACAACCCUUUUCGAUCGCCGUACCUUGUCAAACUGGCACUGCAGCCGCCACUGGCCCACCCAGAUCUGGUAUGGGACCCGGCCCAUUUCUCACCGCAAUAUUCCAGUACAGACAAAUUUGCGUAUCACAAGGCGUUGUUGCGAAGACUUAACUUUGUGCUAGACAUGGAAGCUGCUAGUUCGUUUCCGUCUGAUGUGAAGGUCACCUACUCAUGGGGCGUUCCGGACUACAAGUAUACGCAGUUUAUACAUCGGAGUGGGACUUUGUUGGCGCAGAUUACGGAUGAGGGUAACUUUUUGCUGCUUGCCAAUCGUCUCGCUCACAACCGUGUCAAGGACAAUGGCAGACUUCGACCGAUUGACCCCUAUGAGCACAAGAAGGCGACGACGGAUGGUGGUCAGAGCACGCGAGUUCCUCCGACGCCUGCGGAACGCAACAACCCUUACCGGAGCCCAUUUGCUAGUCCGAUGGUGCGGCCAGUGCAAGAUUCUAGUCUUCUACACACAGCUCUGGCUAGUCACGAUAGACAGGCGACUCCUUCGCUGCCACUGGCCACGCUGACGCAAAUGACAGCAGAGCAAGUCAAGGAUGAGGUUGAAGAGUUUUGCCAGAAUCCCGACCUCCUUUCGGCCUUGUACAGGGAAGCGUUUCGACAAGCGCCUUCACCGUCGCCUCGAAUUCUGCCGGUAUUGGACGAUAGGAUCCCAAGCCUGGGCUUACCGCCUGCCAUCAACAUCCGCGAAGCCAGUCCGGCAAGCAACAGUUGGGUGUUGAGCUCGACUCUAGCUGAAAGGAGAGAGCGGGGGGUUCUUGGUGGCAUCCCAGAGGUGAAUAGUAGUGCAGCGGGCAGUGGUAUUGCGGGUCGCAGGCAAGGAAGCGAGGGGAGCAUGUCGACGCUGGGGAAGAGGACAAGUCUGGUUAUCGACGCUAAUGCAGAGUGUCAGCCCCGCAGGCAGGAUAGUCAAGGAAGCUUGGGAGGAAGCAAUGUGUAG